AUGGCGAGUCUGUGCAAAAGGCAGCAAUGCACGGUAGAGAGGCGCGGCUUUCGGCAGGAACUUGACUCUUGGAGGCACAAACUCAUUCACUGUGUAGGCUUUGAAAGCAUCUUGGAAGGCUUGUUUGGGCCGGGACUAGUCAAAGAUAUCACCCUGUUCCAAGACUGCGAGCCGGAGGAAGUGUCUGACUGGUCCUUCGACGAGAACUGCCUCUUCUGCUGCUUGAGACGUGAGAAGAUCAAGGACCACGCUGCAGAGGACGGGGGAGGCAGCCAGUCACUGUCCGAGUGUGAAGACUUCAAGAGGGAGCUGUCUCGGAUCAGCCGGCUGGAGAGACAGGCCCAAGACUUCCUCAAUGCUGUGUUCCACCGAAAAGACCUCCCAAGUUUCUCAGACCCGCACAUUCCUCUAGUGGCUCGUGAGAUCAUGCAGCGAAUGAUCCGCCAGUUCGCUGCCGAAUAUACCUCAAAAACUACUCAGGACGACUUGCCCCUGCCCAACGGCACCAUGAAGGACCAAAGCCUACCGAUAGCGGCGUCUCUGGCCCUGGGCUCCUGCUCCCCGCCCGGGGCCCUGCCGGCAUCGAGCUCCCCUCCAUCGUCUGCCUCCUCCUCCCCAUCCCCGACCCCAGGGCCAGGCCUCAGCCCCACCUCCGCUAACGCUGCCGCCGCCGCUGCUGCCACCUCAGCAGCUUCCUGCACCCAGAGCAGCAACGGCACGGGAGCCAGUAACGGCGGAGGAGGAGGUACGGCUGCUGCCUCUGCACAGAAUCCCGUCCUCAGCAAGCUUCUCAUGGCCGACCAGGACGGCCCGCUGGACCUCACCGUGAAGAAGAACCAGGUCGACGACGAGCCCAGCCAGCAGGACGGCGUCCUGGACCUCUCCACCAAGAAGAACAACGGCGCAGACGGCCACAAAACCUCGUCCGGCUUCCCGCCUGCGUCUGGGGUCAAAGGACGUUCCCUCAAAGUGGAACAUCCGCUGCCCGAGGUGGACGAGGGCGAUGGCCCUCUGCAGAAAAGCUUGCAGGACGGACUGAGGGAGAACUCCAGCUCCUUCAAGCCGCCACUAGCCCGCUCACUGCGCAUCAAGGAAGAGCUCCUCAGCCAAAAGCACCGCCUGCUGAGCCAGCCUGCUGCUCUCUCAUUGGCUAAUCUAGAAGCAGCCGGCUUGAUCAGUCACGGGCAGUCCAACUCCUUGCUUGGCCAGAAGGGCUCCUCCUCCUUCUGGGGAAGCAAGGCCCAUCUCGAGAGCCUGAUGAAGCUGAAACAGGCCAGCGGAGCUCUGAGCGGGGCCCUCAGCGACCUCAAAGACCUGCCUACAUUCCUGGAGAAUCACCACCACAACCACCAUGGAGCCUUCUCCAUCAAGAGUUCACUCCUCCAUCACCACCACAAUCAGGCCUCUAAGGCCCAACACCACCACCAAAACGAGGGCAAGAGAGACCAGGGCCACUCGCCACCGGUCGACCUUAAGAUCCCCCAGGUUCGGGGCAUGGAUCUCUCCUGGGACUCCCAUGCCUCCGACCUGUACGGCUACAGCAGCAUGGGGGGUGGCCAUGGGGAGAAUAGUCUGAGCCGAAAGUUGAGAGCCAUCCUGCCCAAGCAGAACCGCCGGGGGUCGAGUCUCGGAAGCCUGCUUGAUGGGGCGGCUGACUACUGGAGCUCUGACCUGGAGCACUCCAUCUCCGGACCAGCGUACUCCACCUCCGACGUGGAAGGGGACCCGAACUCCAAGCAACCACGGAAGAAGAGGGGCCGUUAUCGCCAGUACAACACCGAGAUCCUGGAGGAGGCCAUCACGGUAGUGAUGAACGGGAAGAUGAGCGUUUCCAAGGCUCAGAACAUGUACGGCAUCCCGCACAGCACCCUAGAGUACAAGGUCAAAGAGCGCUUGGGAACCCUGAAGAACCCCCCAAAGAAGAAGCUCAAGCUCAUGAUGAAGAUGGAAGCGGGAGGCCAGGAUUUUCCCGCCGAGUCGGAGAACACGCCAACCUCAACCCCGCGAGAUGACGGGCCGCCUCUGGCAGCCGCGGAGCUCAAGGACAAUGUCAAAGAAGAGAUUGAUGACAAUUUCCAACCAAUCGACUAAACGACUUACACAUGUAAACCUCAGUCAAAUGACUUAAGUGAUUUGAAAACGGAUGGGGCUUUAUUUGUGCCAAUUUACUUUGCAGUAUCUGGGCGAGCACAAACGCAGGGAUAAUACAAGGAGGAUUCUUAAAAACACACUGGAGAGAAACAAUUGAUCGGAUGGUAUUUAACAAGUGUCCCUAAAGCGACGCUGUGCAGGCAUUUGUUUAGCUUUCAUAUCCAGGGGCUGAACAAAUGCGGCUAAAGACAUUGGUUAAUGAAAAUUAAUGAAAUUUCCUAAGCAUGCUGAUAAUCCCAAGCCCAAAAACCCAAUCGCCCUUUUUCUGAACUUGAUACACUGAACCAUUGCUGCUUAUAGACGCAGUUUGGGCUUUUGGACUAUUCCAAUUUGGGGAGAAAUGAGGGGAAAGUUAACUUUAACUCACAAAUCUUGUCCCUUAACCACUCCCCUCUCUCAUGGAUAGCUGACAAUUGGUAAGUGGACUGUCUAUUACAUUCAAAGCCAACUGUAAAGUUUAAUCAUACCACUGAUACUCCUCACCGGGGUUCUGAAUCAAAGCCCGUUCUCUUAUUGCCAGGUAGCCAUGACGCUUUAACUGCAAACCUUUACUUUCCUCCUGAAGAUAUUCUGCUAAUCUCUGUGCGAAUGAAAGCAACAUUAACCCGUCCUUUUUGAAAAACGAGAAAAAGACACACAAAAGUCAUUCAGGGAUGCAUGUCUGUGAGUGGACACUACUGACUUCUAUAACUGACUUCUUUUCCUCUAUCUUUUUCGUUUGGUUUAUUUUUUGCUUUCUUUUGCACUACACUCUGGGUCUGGCGCUUACAGACCAGGUUACCUCGGCAUUGUUGCCCUCGCAUCAUGCACUUAUUAUGGUCUGUCUCUGAAGCCCAGUCCCAACCUCUCAACGGGUCAGAGGUGCACGUCGCCUGUGUUCGCUGAUCCAUCAUCAGAUUCAGGAGGGCGGUUUGACCCUCUUUUUUGCCAACGGACAAGCGGAGGGGCUAAUCUGAUCAUGGAUCAGCUGUUUUUUUAAGGCGGAAUGCUACCUCAUGGACCUCCGUCAGUGUCUCACUGCUGAUCCUGGAAUGCCGGAGAUGCCUUCAGGUUUCCUUCCAAACGGUAACCGAAGUGAGCUCCUACCGCCGCGGCGAUCUUUACCUGCUGAAGGCCUUUUAGGAUCAGAAUGUGAAACUGCUGCUAUACAGUUGAUUAUCUAGCUCCUACACGAGGCCUAAGCUAAUGAGUUCUAGCUCGUCUUCGCUAACAACGAUACAUUUCUCAUGGUUUUGUCUUUUUUCCCUUUUCUAAUCAAACUAAGCAGAAGCAGCUUAGCUGAAAUCCUCCCUCAAACGUCAAAGACAGUUUUAGAGGCUGUUUACU